AUGUCAAAAUCUACAUUCUCCAACCCGACAAUCCCUCAGGGUUCUACCGUUCUCGUUACCGGCGCUAAUGGUUUAAUUGCUUCACAUGCUGUUGAUCGUCUCCUGGAAGCGGGCUAUAAUGUCCGGGGCACCGUUCGCACCCCUUCAAAAUGCACGUGGAUGGUGCCGUUAUUCUCAUCGCGUCACCCAUCAAGUCAAUUAGAGAUCGUGCAGGUCUCGGACUUUGGCGUUCCCGGCGCAUGGAAUGAUGCUGUCAAAGGAGUCGCCGCCGUUGUAGCCGUAGCUGGCGGUGUAGGCAUAGCAGUUUCGGAUAUCGACAAGGCACUCGAGGAGGAAGUGCCGUGGAAUGAAGCGCUCCUACAGGCAGCGAAGAACGAGCCUACCGUAAAGGCGUUUAUCUAUACAAGCAGUGCAUGGGCGACAUGGACACCGGAUCAAACCAAGAAGGUCAAAUUGACGGAAUGGACUUAUAAUGACAAUGCCGUGCGGAUAGUUAGGAGCGACGCUACUCCCGAGGAGAAAGGAAUCCGGCCGUAUAUGGCAUUCAAAGCAUUACUCGAGCAGCGGAUUUGGGAUUGGGUUAAAAGGGAGAACCCCUCCUUCACCUUCAACACAAUUCUCCCCGAGACGGUCAUCGGCGAAUGUCUCGACCCCGAGCAUCAGGGCAUCCUAAGCACUUGCGGAAUGGUGAAGUCUCUCUACGAGGGCAAAAAUCUAGAAGUGCUAUCCAUGCUACCACCGCAAUGGGUUUCCGACACGCGCGACACCGGCUUGCUUUACGUAGCGGCCCUGAUUACCCCCGGCGUAGACAGGGAGAGGCUGUAUCCGUGGAGCGACCGGUAUAGCUGGCCUAGGAUCGCCCAGAUACUGAAAAAGCUGUAUCCGCAGAAAGAGAUCCCAGUCUUGGAGGACAACGGGUGGGAUCAGACGGAAGUGCCGAAUAAGAGGGCUGAGGAAUUGCUGCGCGGCUUAGGACAGGAUAAGUGGACCAGUCUUGAGGAGAGUGUGGAGGCUUGUGCUAAGGGCUUCGUAAAGGAUUGA